GAUCAGUCCAACCAAAUUGAACAAAAACCGAACGAAAAAACCGACCGACCGGAAAUGAACAUUCAUCAAUUUGUCAAUGCAAGUUACAUAUUAAAUAAAAAUGCUAUAAUGCAAAAUCAUAUUUAUCCGCCGCCUUUUCCGCCCGAAAUCCGGAUUAUUAAUCGCGGUUAUUUAGGUUAUUAUUUGGGUACGCUGAUAAUUUCCAAUUUUAAUUCAAAGACAACCAAUGAUAAACAUGAAUGUCUUGGCAGCGCUCAUAAAAAAUCCGAAUAUGAUAUCUUAAUGUGA